AACUUUUAAUGCCCCAAAUUCUGAACGAAUCCCCCCUCUUCGUCGUCGCAGCUUCGGUAGAUCUCCCGAAGCUCUCGAAGUCGCUCCUCUCCCCCAUCUCUUCCCCUCCGAAGAGCUAUCGCCGAAUAAAAAAGUGACGCUUGAUACUGUUUCUGCGUCUCUCCGGAUAGAAUGAUAUACACUGCGAUCGAUACCUUCUACCUCACCGAUGAGCAGUUGCAGAAUUCCCCAUCGAGGAAGGAUGGAAUUGAUGAGGCUACGGAGACCACUAUUCGGAUAUAUGGAUGCGAUCUCAUACAAGAGAGUGGCAUUCUACUCAGAUUACCGCAAGCAGUGAUGGCCACAGGACAGGUUUUAUUCCAUCGGUUCUACUGCAAGAAGUCUUUUGCUCGCUUCAGUGUUAAAAGAGUUGCUGCGAGCUGUGUUUGGCUGGCUUCAAAAUUGGAGGAGAGCCCAAGAAAAGCAAAGCAUGUGCUUAUUGUCUUCCAUAGAAUGGAAUGCAGAAGGGAAAAUUUGCCGAUAGAGCAUUUGGAUGUCUUCUCUAAGGUUAAGGAUGUCUUAUCUAAGAAAUAUUCAGACUUAAAGAAUGACUUGAUCAGGACAGAGCGGCAUUUGUUGAAGGAAAUGGGUUUCAUAUGUCAUGUUGAACAUCCUCACAAGUUUAUAUCAAACUACCUUGCAACGCUUGGAACCCCUCCUGAAUUGAGGCAGGAAGCUUGGAAUCUAGCCAAUGAUAGUCUGCGGACAACCCUAUGUGUUCGGUUCAAGAGUGAAGUUGUAGCAUGUGGAGUUGUAUAUGCAGCAGCUCGCCGGUUCCAGGUCCCCCUUCCUGAAAACCCACCUUGGUGGUUAGUCUUCGAUGCAGAUCAGGCUGGGAUUGAGGAAGUAUGUAGAGUUCUUGCACACCUCUAUAGUCUUCCCAAGGCACAGUAUAUUCCAGUUUAUAGAGAUAAUGAUUCUUUCACUUCGAGAAAUAAGACUCCAGACCCUCAAGCUCAAUUACGAAAGGAAAGUCCGCUUAAUGGUAACAUUAACGAUACAAAUACUCCCAAGGCGAAUUCAGAUGCUAGUUCAUCCAAGGAUGCAUUGAUUAAAGCAGCCCUAGACAAAUUGAAGGAAUCUAAGAAAAAUGAUGAUGAUGCUAAAUCUGUUGCAGCUGAAGGUGAUGCUAAAGAAGAUCCCGGGGAGAAAGCGAAGGAUGAGAAUAAAUCAGAUGCCAACCUUGAAAGGAACCGGGACAGAGAAAGGGAACGGUCGAAGGCUAGAGAGCGUGAUAGCAGGGGUAGAGACUCUGAUCGUGAUGGUAGGGGUAGAGACUCUGACAGGGAUAGGGAGCGGGGGAGAGAGCUAGAACGGGAAAGAGAGAAAGAACGUAGACACCGUUCCAAGGACAAAGGCUCAGGACACUCAGAAAAAUCAAGGCAUCAUUCAUCACGGGAUCGCAGUGAAUACCAUAGCUUACACUCAUCUCGUGAGAAAGAUCGACACAGACACCACCCAUAUAGUUGAAGAAGAAUUUAUAUUGUGCCUUAAAAAUGUUGGAAGGUGAUUGUGCCAUUAAAUCCCCGAUGCCGUGUGAGAAUUGUAUCUCCAUUUGUUAGCAGAGAUUCACUUUGAUUACAGAGGCAGCUUCAGUUCACUGAGAAGCUUAUAGAAUACUAAGAAUAUGGUAGCGGCCAACUGAGUCUCUCAGAUUACAUGAAAACAUAUGUUCUUUGGAACACUUGUCAUCUGAGUAAUCUAAAGAUUUAACCUGCAACUCUUUUAGAAAAUUUUCCUGAUGUAGACCAUGAAAAAGCCUGAUAUUUCCUUUGUUUGUUUUGAAAAUAUGGUUUCUGGCGCA